CCCUUUCAUUUGGCUUCUAAACAAAGGAACAAAAGCUUGAAACAUGCUCUGAACAAACGGCUCUAUGUAAUUAGCACCAAGGAAGAAAGAUCAGUAAACACAAAGUCAUCACAGCUCUGCUGAGACCCACCAGAGAUAGAUCUCCCAUUUUCAACUGUAAGUAAAAGCGCUGUCCCCCAUUCUCUCUUUCCACUUCAAUUUCAUCACUUUCUUUAGUUUCUUUCACAAACCCACUUGUGUUUCUUGCACUGAUUUCAAGAUCCGAUCGGUCACUGUAACAAAAACUAAGGGGGUUUGGGGUUUUCUUGAAAGAUCAAGACUUUCAAGACAAACCCAUGAAAGAGGCGGAUCCAAGCGCUGAGCCCAUUGGGCAGAACCUGAUAAAACUGAUAAGCAAUCUGUGUUUCUCAGUGUUUGUGUUCUCAGUUCUCAUAUUUGCAGUAAUUGCCAUAACCUACCAACCCCCAGAUCCAUGGCUGGAGUCUGCUCCAGCCCUGACCAAGCUAUUCACCCAGUCUGAAAACGCCACCUUCAAAAAUGACAAUUCCAUCCUCAAAACUGGGGAAGAUUUGCUUUCGGCACCUGCUCGGGCGGUGUCGCCCGCAAACAACCCAAUCACCGAGGCGGUGAUCGAGCAAACCGAAGAGAAAAUCGCCAGUUCGACCCCGAAAUCGGAAUUGGGUUGCGACGAACUGGGGCAGGCGGUGAAUUGUUCGGACCCUCGGGUUGUGAUUGCGGUUGAGAAGUUCAAUUUGAGGGUUUUUAAAUCCAUUGUGUUCUUGGAAUUUCAGACCCCAGUUAAGGGGUCAAAAUCAAAUGAGUGUGAUGUGGCAUGGAGGUUUAGGAAUAAGAAAGAGAAAUCUUGGAGGAAGUAUAGGGAUUUUAGGAGGUUUAAGAUUGGAAUUGGGGAGAAUUGUACGUAUAAAGUGGUGCAGGCGGGUGCGUGGCAUUCGGGUAUUAAUGCACGGCGGCCUAGAAGUAGAAUCAGUAAUGCCACGAGGAAGGGCAGUGGGAAUAAUGCUAAGGUUGCCCCACCUGUCCGGGAUGAGGAGAUCAAUGACACAAUCCCAAGUUUAGGGUCAGUGAUGAAUUUCAACAAGGGGAGGUACUUGUACUAUUCGCGCGGAGGGGAUUAUUGUAAGGGAAUGAAUCAUUACCUUUGGAGUUUCUUGUGUGGUUUAGGGGAAGCUAUGUUUUUGAAUAGGACCUUCGUGAUGGAUUUGAGUAUCUGCUUGGCGGCGCCUUAUAAUCCGAGUAAUAAAGAUGAGGAGGGAAAGGAUUUUCGGUAUUAUUUUGACUUUGAGCAUCUUAAGGAGGUGGCAUCGAUUGUGGAGGAAGGUGAGUUUUUGACAGGUUGGAAGAAAUGGAAUCGGAGCCAUAAGAGGAAAUUGCCAAUUAAGAAGGUUGUGAGCCAUAAGGUGACGCCGAUUGAACUCAAGAAAGAUAAGAACCCAAUUAUAUGGAGGCAGUUUGAUGCUCCGGAGCCAGAGAAUUACUGGUAUAGGGUAUGUGAAGGGCAAGCUGCUAAGUACAUCCAGAGACCGUGGCACGCUCUUUGGAAAUCAAAGAGAUUGAUGAAUAUUGUUUCCGAGAUCAGCGGGAGAAUGGACUGGGAUUUUGAUACAGUUCAUGUGGUUAGAGGGGAGAAAGCACAGAAUAAUGAGCUUUGGCCUCAUUUGGAUUCUGAUACAACCCCUGAUGCGCUCCUUGCAAAGCUGAAAGGGAUGAUUCAACCUUGGAGGAAUCUGUACAUAGCCACCAAUGAACCGUUUUACAAUUACUUUGAUAAAUUGAGAUCUCAGUACAAGGUGCAUUUGCUUGAUGAUUACAAGGAAUUAUGGGGAAAUACAAGUGAGUGGUACAAUGAGACGGCGGGUCUAAAUAAUGGACGACCAGUUGAGUUUGAUGGAUACAUGAGAGUUGCAGUGGAUACUGAGGUCCUUUACAGGGGAAAGACACGUGUGGAAACAUUCUAUAAUUUGACCAAAGAUUGCAAGGAUGGAAUUAAUACAUGUUGAACAGGUCGGCUAUCCCUUAAUGUUUUUUUACUUGAAUUGAAAUGUCUUUUACUUUUUAGAUUCAGUUUCGGAAUGAUACUUUCAGGAAAGUCAAUUCUGGUUUCUUUUCUGUAUUUGAAUGUUCUUUUAUUGUAUUGAUGAUCUUUAGUUAUGACAAGCCAAUAUCUGUACUAUUUUAUGAAAAGCCAAUAUCUGUACUAUUUUAUGACAAGCCCCCGACCAAUGAACACUCCCAGUCCCAAGUUUUGCAAAAGAAUUCCCCAUUUGGCUCUUUACCACAUAGGAUGAGAACUAACUUUAUUGUGAAAAGGGGGAGAAAAAAAAAUCAGGAAAUUCAGAGGAAGAGAGAGCUCUAUAAAUGAUAUUUCUACCAUCAAUGAAGCUUAUGUUCCUUAUAGCAUAUGCACCGGAAUUCACCUCUUAGAUGGGAUGACAAUCGAAGAUGAGGUGCUCUUUUUUCGCCUAUGUAACGGGAGGAGGUAAUUUUUCCCUGUUGGCUUGUGGUUACAGUUCAUGUACUCGUGUCUUUCAAUUUAUUUUUGGUGUCUAUGAACCGAUGAUGCCUGUGUUACCUUGUAAUAUUUCUUUAUGAGAGGUGUUUUGUAUCAUUUUCUUGUACA